AUGAACAAAUUUUCUUACCAAGACGAAAAUACUUCUUACAUUCGUCCAAAGCCAGCUCGGUCUUUAUCAUCAAGCACAUAUCGACAGCCUCUCCGAGCUUUAACGCCAACUUUAUCGAUUUCUCUUCAGAACCAAGACAACAAUUCUAACGAAAACAAUGAUUCUCAUCAUCAAUUAGGAAACUAUGCAUUAGAAAUUUACGAUAAUUUAUUUCAAUCAGAAACGGAAGCAGUUGUUAAUUACAACUACUUGGAUCUCCAUAUAGAGAUAAACAGCAAAAUGCGCGCCAUUCUUAUUGAUUGAAUAAUUAGCGCUCAUCUGAAAUUCAAAUUAUUACCAGAAACAUUAUUUAUCGCUGUAAAUCUAGUAGAUCGAUACCUAGAGAAAAAAGCUGUAUAUAAGCAGCAUUUACAACUAGUAGGUCUAGCUUCUUUGCUCAUUGCCAGCAAAUACGAAGAAAUUUAUCCCCCAGAAACUCUUAAUUUGGUAAAAAUCGCUGAUAAUGCAUACUCAAAAGAGCAAAUUUUAUUAAUGGAAAGCGAUAUUUUAUCCUGUUUACUAUAAAUAAAUAAUUUAAAUAAUUAUUAAAUAUAUACCAAAAUUCAUUAAAAAUUAUUAUAAGGACGCUUGACUUCAAAAUCACAGUCCCUUCUUCUUGAAGAUUUUUAGAAAGGCUUUCAAAAAUCACAGAAAUGAGCCCAAUGGAAUUUGCAUUUGCCAGGUAUUUAUUAGAGCUGUCCUUGAUAGAGUAUCAUAUGCUAAGAUAUAAACUUUCACUUAUAUCUGCGAGUGUAGUUUAUUUAGCAAGAAAAAUCUUUAGGAUAGAGCCACAUUGGAGUAAAGCAUUAGGAAGACAAGCAAGGGUGGACGAAAGCGAAUUAAAAGAAUGUGCAAGGGAUCUGUAUGUGCUUUUACAAGGUGCAACAUUGAACCCACUUGAAGGAAUUAAGGAGAAGUUUUCGAGAAAAGAUUUCAUGGAAGUAGCUAAGAUACGAAUAAAUGUAAAUUAA